GAAAACCCCUUAUACAACAGAGAUAUACCGAAAAGGGACUAUACACAUCUAACAAAGGUCACCUACUACAAGAAAGAAGAACACAAGAAGGCAUGCCCGUAUGCUCCAUGUUUCUGCCCAGAGUCGGGUUGUGGCUUCGCUGGACCAACAAAGGUGCUCCUGGACCAUUUCACCACCCAGCACAAGUGUCCGUCGACAACCCUCCCAGACUCUGGCAUGCUGUCUCUCUGCUUACAGCCGGGCUUACAUGUUGUGAAGUGCACCGGGAACAACUACUUUUUCUUGCUCAGCAUGGCAUCAGAGCCUUACGGACAUGCCAUCUCAGUCGUCUGCGUCCAACCAAACAUGACAGAAUCCAAGUUCACAUGUAAUAUGAGUUAUGACUGCAUAACGACCGGCUGUUGUGGAAGUGCAAGCUGCCACAUAAGAAGCUCUUCACUCUCUGAUGGGCUUCCGACAGUGCAUGACUUAAUACUUCCCAAGGGAAAGGUUUCUGAUGAUGCACACGGUAUCAUGCUUAGAGCCAGCAUUCAUCAUCAAUCUUUAAGCCUCGGCAGAUCUUGUUUUCAAGGAAAUGGCCCGACUCCUGCUCUUAACCAAACACCCGAUACUUACCAUGAUGGUGAUCGUGCUGAGGAGGAUAAUAUACCUUUAAGUCUCAGCAGAUCCCGUCUUCGAGGAAAGACCCCGACUCCUGCUGUUCAACGAAGGCUCAUUACUUAUGAUGAUGAUGAUGAGGAUGAGGAUGAGGAUGAAUGGUUCGCGAGGAUGAUGAUGCGCAGCAUGAGGGUAUCUGAUUAUAGACCUCUAAGUCUCAGCAGACCUCAAAGUAUCUGUCUUGAUACUGUUGAUGAGGAGGAUGAAAUACCUUGAUCUCUCAGAAGAUCCCACCCUGCUGUUGAACGAAGUCCUGAUACUUAUGAUGAUGAUGCGCAGCAGGAGGAGGAUGAGUAUGAUGAUAGACCUGUAAGUCUCGGCAGACCUCGAAUUGUUCGACGAAGGAUCUAUUCAGAUACGGAUGAGGAGGAUAAUAUAUGUACCUCUAAGUGCCGGCCGUGCUCGUGUACGCUAAAGGAUUAGCGUGGACUUGCUGGUUGCUGUUAUUCUGCCUGACUUUUGCAGUUCUGGUUCGAGGAUAUAUAUGUCAAGUCUUCAUCUUUAUUUAUGGUCUCAAGUAUCGC